UCUGGAGUUUCUAACCUACAAAAGUAGAGAUAUACAACUAGGAUUUUUAGUUCAUAUAAACUUUAGUUUUGUUUAGUGUUCAGUGCCAAAAAAUUAAUGGUCUAUGAAAUUUUAAGAUGAGCCCCAAUGAUAUCAGCCUAAGCUUGACAUUAUUCCAAAUGCUUGUGACCAUCACCUUUGCUAGAGGUCCACAUCAUCCUAGAGGUGAACCAUUAGUAAAAAGGCAUACGCAUUAUACUCCAGGAAAAAAUGCAGAAAAAAUAACUCAAGACUUUGAAUUAUUACAUGAUAAAGAACACAUAGAGGAACAUCUCAAGGAAGUGGCACCUAAAAUAGAUCUAUCAAAGAUGACAGAUGCUGAAAUAGAACUCUUUUAUUUUUUACUCCAUGACACUGAUAAAAAUUCUAAGCUCGAUGGACUAGAGCUUUUAAAUGCUAUUCUUCAUACCACACACGACAAUAGUGGUCAUCAGCAUAUUUACAAUAGAACAUUUGAUGAUGAAAAUGGAAAUGAUAUCGAUAAUCCAGAAAUGAGUGAGGGUAGUUUUGAGCAUUUUGUUGAUUUGGUGGAUCAAGUUCUGAAAGAAGACGACAAAAAUCAAGAUGGCUACCUUGAUUAUACUGAAUAUGUGGAUGGAAAAAAGACGGCUGAUCGAUUAGCUGAUAAACUACCUUCUGUUGAACUUACCUAGAUUAUAGAUUCUAGAAUCACGUUACAUUACUGAGGAUUUUCAAAUUUGUCACAAGAGAAGAUGUCUAUAGAGAAUACAAAUUUUCUAGAAUGUGUAUUAGAUAUAGGUAUAGGCAUGAUUUAGAGAAGUAAAACUUUUAUACGAUGUUUAGGUAUAAUAGGUUAAUUAUUUGUAAUAAAUUUAGUGAAUAAAUAAAUUUGUUGGUUGUUGCUAA